GGAGGAUACUGCGGUGGAUGCUUCAGGCUGUGGCAUAAUUUAGGUAGCAAAUUCCUUGGCCACAGCCUAGAGAACGCCCCCACACAGAAAACCGCAUCGAAGAGGAGGCGGGGACUGGGCUGCGACUGUGCUUGAUUUCCUGGAAAGAGUCCAUGGCUUUGGGCCAUGCUAAUAUCUCUCAAGACGAGAGACCGAGAGGCCGAGAGGCCGAGAGACCCUUCCUGGAAGCUGGCCAACAGAUUCCAAAGAUCACUACGUAACCCGAGGGAAAGCCAAUGCCUCGUCAACACAUUUGCAUAAUUGGACAGAGAGACAGAGAAAGAGCGAGAGAGAGACAAAGAGAGAGAGAGAGAGAGACCCCAGUAGUCGGUGCUGAAAGUUCGUUUCGUUUUUGAUUAUAAGAUUUCGAUUUUGAGAUCGAGAUCCAGAGAAUGCCGUCGUCGCAGCAGAAACAGCAACAUCAACAGCAAAAGAAGGUGCGCGGGCGUCGCCACCGACUGGCCAUCAGAAUGGAUCCGGAGCUGAAGAGGAAUCUGGUGCCCUUCCAUGUCCGGGCCCUGGGUGUGGCUCAAAGGAGCAUGGGAUCCCCUUUGGUCUAUGAGGCGCAGGUGUUGCGACCCGAUGUGGAGAACACAAUGACGGAUCUGGAGACGUUCCUCAAUCUGGUCAAAUGUGCCUUUGGCACUGGAUGCCUGGCCAUGCCACGAGCCUUCUACAACGCCGGAUGGCUAAUAGGCCUUCUUGCCACCGUUCUGAUUGGCUUCAUUGUGGUGUAUGCCAUGCAUGUGCUGUUGAAUGACAUCCAGCAUCUGUGCAGACGCCAUCGGAUGGCAGUCCUCAGCUACAGGGAGACCAUGGAACUGGCCCUUCUCGAUGGCCCCACAUGGCUGCACUGCAUGAGCAGGCCCCUGGGGUUUGUCCAAUCAGGCCCUCACUAUAUUCCAUCUGUAUUUAUCCCGAUUCUUCAGUUACUUCGUGGACAUUCUGAUGUGUGCCUAUCAUUUCGGUGUGGACUGUGUCUACAUUGUGUUUAUAGCCAAGAACCUAAAAUUCUUGGGGGAUCUGUAUCUUUAUCCCAUGGAUCUGCGUCUGUAUAUGGCCCUGCUGAUCCUCCCACUGAUACUCACGUUCCUCGUGAGGAAUCUGAAGUAUCUGUUGCCGUUUACUGUCAUCUCCAAUAUCCUGACUGUCGCCAGUUUUGGCAUCAUUUUCUGGUAUCUUGUGCAGGAUUUGCCCAGCUUGGAGGGACGGCAGGCCACACAGCACUGGACGCAGUUCCCUCUCUUCUUUGGCACUGUUCUGUUUGCCAUCGAAUCUCUCGGUGUUAUUUUAGCUCUGCAGCGCAGCAUGCGGCAUCCAGAGAACUUUCUGGGCUCCUGCGGGGUCCUCAAUCGGGCCAUGGUCCUCGUGGUCCUCUUCUAUGCAGCGUUUGGGUUCUUUGGCUACUGGCAAUACGGGAGGGACACGGCCAACUCCAUUCUGCACAACCUGCCGCCCCACGAAAUCCUGCCACAGUGCGUGAUGGGAAUGUUUGCGAUGGCCAUGUUCUUCAGCUACGCCUUGCAGGGCUACGUCACCGUGGACAUCAUCUGGCGGGGAUACAUGCGGCCCAAGCUGGUGGAGAAUGUUGCCUCAGGGCGAUCCGUGGAGUAUCUGGUGCGCCUUGCCCUCGUGAUUGCCUCUGUGCUGGUGGCCAUUGGCUAUCCGGACUUUGGGCUGCUCCUCUCCUUUGUGGGAUCCUUCUGCCUGGCACAAUUGGGGCUCAUCUUUCCGGGAAUCGUCAACAUGUGUGUGCUGUACAGCCAGGGCUAUGGCUAUGGCAAGAUCCUGCUCUGGCGGUCCCUCUUCUUCCUCGUGUUGGGCCUUUGGGGGGGGAUCUCUGGUACAGUGAUCUCGGUGAAGGAAUUGAAUGAAGCAUAUCCCAUAGUCAUAUAGUGACAUGAAAAUGUCUCUGUCAUGUUUUUCCCUAAUACUUAAGUACCCCAUUUCUUAUCUAUCAUUACACAUAGUUUAUU